AUGCGUAUGGAUAUCGAUCAUAUGUCUUAUGAGGAGCUUCUUGCAUUAGGUGAGCAGAUUGGGAAUGCUGGAUCGGGGUUAUCAGAGGAUUUUAUUUCAGGUGGUUUGCUUUUCAACAUGAUGAUACGUGUAGCCGUAGAAAAUCAACAAGGUGGUGUUGCUGCUAUAGACCAUGGGGAAAUGCCAAAUAAUUUUACAUGUGGGAAUAAAAGCUUGUACAAUGACAGGGUUGGGUCUUUUGCAGCAGUAGCAGGAGAGGGUCAAGACAGCAAGGGAUCAAAAAGGUGUAGUAGUAGUAGUGAUAAUAUAAAUAUAUUGGUGAGGCAUCCUUCAUCAUCAUCAUCAUCUCAUGAAGGGGGGUUAUGUGAGGUGGAAUCAACUUUCAGAGAAAGAGAACUACGGAAGCCACCCUCACCAGAUCUCGAGGGUGCAACAGAGGGACACAAUAGCAAAACUGGUGGUGGUGGUGGUGGUGGUAAAAAGAAAGGCAAAAAGGGGAGACAGAUCGAACCAACUCUGCUUGGGUUUAAGGUUACCAGCAACCGUAUUAUGAUCGGAGAGAUCCAAUGCAUUCAAGAUUGA